AUGAACUCUGCUAUCUUUCUUCUUUUCCUUUGUUUUUACUCGAUUUCUACUGAGAAUUGGAAUCGAUAUCUAAAAUUAGAUCGAAAUUAUGAAGUUUGGUGGUCAGUCGAAGGAGAAUGGGUCACGUUUCAAGUGGAAGUAGCCACUAGAGGAUGGAUUGGAUUCGGAAUCUCUCCGAAUGGAGGAAUGGCGAGCAGCGACUUAGUUAUAGGCUGGGUAAAUAAUGGAAAAGCUUGGUUUCAUGAUAGACACGCAGAAGGAAAUUAUCAACCGAUUAUAGAUGACCAUCAAGAUUGGGAGCUUCUAUGGUGCUGCGAAAACGAUACUCAUACCUCCAUACGUUUCAAGAGAAUGCUCAUCACGUGUGACGAUCAAGAUCUUUUUAUAACGAAUGAUACAACUAGAUUUAUUUACGCUUAUCAUUCCGAUGAUCCUACAAAACCCGAUACAGUUAUGUAUCACGGAGCAAACAGAAGGGGUACUGUAAGUGUUAUGAUAAAUUAUAAACUUGAUAAACCAAUACACUACGAAAGUCCGGAAGAUAUUGAAUAUUGGGAUGUUACAAGUCCUAACAUUUUAUUACCAGAAGACAAAAAUACUACUUAUUACUGUACCUUAUUACGAAGACCAAACUUAGAUAAACAGCAUCAUAUAAUAAAAGUUGCACCAUUAAUACAACCCGGAAACGAAAAAUUCGUUCACCAUAUUAUUUUAUAUGAAUGUAUGAUCAAUGAAGAAGCUAUUUCACCCUUCAAGGAUGGAACGUAUUAUGAAUGUUAUGACGAUGAUGGUAUAUUGAAAUUCCCUUAUUGUUUGACAGCAUCUAUAGGAUGGGCUGUCGGAGGAGAGGGAAUGUAUUUUCCAGAAAAUGUCGGUAUACCUAUUGGAAUGUCUAAUGUAGUUUGGUAUCUUCUACAAAUUCAUUAUGAUAAUCCCGAAUUUGCUCGAGGGAUUGUUGAUUCGUCCGGAUUGAGAAUAUCAUAUACUCCUAAACUCAGACAAUACGAUGGUUCGAUGCUAACCGUAGGUUCUCUAUGGUAUCCUUGCGUAUUUGUGCCACCAAAUCAAAAAGAAUUUAUAAUUUCGGGUCAUGGUCAUCCAUCUUGUUUAAGACAGGGAAUUCCUCCAGAAGGAAUUAAAAUAUUUUCUUCUCUUCUUCAUUCGCAUCUUAUUGCAAAGAAAAUUACAGUGAGACAUUUUCGAAACAAUGAAGAACUCCCACCAUUGGAUGUAGACAAAUACUACGAUUUCAACUAUCAGGUAUCAUCAAUUUACAAUUAA